AUGACUCCCCCAAAAGAUGCACCACAAGGGUCUGUGCGUAGGCGGAAUCGAAUGAUCACAUCGUGUUUGGAAUGCCGUCGACGAAAGCUCAAGUGUGACCGUCUGCACCCAUGUACGAAUUGCUCGCGAGGCAAUCGCGAUUGUCUCUUCCUGGCGCCGUCGCUUGAUUCUGUGGCACGCUUGAAACUGACAGAGCUCAAGGAGCGCGUGGGCUCGCUGGAGCGGUCUCUCGGAGAAGAAGUUGCAGGGGCAGCAGCAGCAAAUCGUGGCUCAUCGGAAGCGAGCACUGAGUCGCCAUCGGAUUGGAAUGUCCCGAUUAAAGAAGAGCCGACUACUGGCUUCGGGUACGAUGGGCAGAUUGUCCCGGAGCCAUCACGUCUAGCCUUCUUGGAUGCGGCGUACGAUGAUGAAAAUGACGAUAUGAUAGCUGAUGUCGGCAUUCAACUAGGGAAAAUGCAGGUCACGGAUCGAAUUGGCGGCUACGUCCGGCCGCGCAUUGUUGAUGAGGCUUCUGCUAAUCUGAAGGGGCCAUCCGUACCCUUAUUCAAUGAUGAUGUCGAGGAUGGCAGCGAACUGUCCAAGCUAUUAGAACUUGCAUCUACUGGGGCACCGAUUCCAUUCCUUCAACCUGGGCCAUCAUUUAUUAGUCCCUGUUCGGAUAUGCUACUAGGGUCACCGAUGAGUGAUGCCAGCCUAUUCGAUUUGUUGCCCACGAGGGCAACAGCUGACAAGCUUGUGCAACGGUAUUGGGAUGCUUGUCACCCAGUUGCAAGAAUACUUCAUCGGCAAACAUUUGAAAAGAAGUAUGAAAUUCUAUGGGACAGUGUUAGCCAGGGGAUAGAGCCGCCUCCAUCCAUUCAAGCCAUCGUAUUCGCAACCCUUUUCACAGCAGUCGUCAGCAUGCCAGCUCCUGAAGUCGUGCAUCAUUUUGGCGUCGACCGACAAGGUCUUAUUAAAAGAUACCAAAUAGGUACCGAGACCGCUCUUGGAAAGGCACACUUUUUGCGAACUAGCAAAACCGAAACACUUCAGGCAUUCGUCAUGUAUCUGAUUCCAAUGUGCCGGGAUACCAUAUCUAGGGCGCAUUCCGCUUUGGUCGGGGCUGCUGUACGACUCGCAGAAUGCAUGGGCAUGCACCGGGAUCCCUUGGAGUAUGGCUAUGGGCCGGUGGAAACUCAUAUCAGGCGCCUGACGUGGUAUCAGCUGUGUUUACUGGACAUCCGAACGACAGAAACACAGGGACCCCGUGUAAUCAUUCGGCCCGAAGACUUCUCGACAAAGCUACCCUUAAAUAUCAAUGAUGCUGACCUCAUGGAAGAGUCUUUUGAGGAGGCUACGGGAUGGACAGACAUUACAUUGACUCGCAUACGCUUCGAAUGCCAGGAGAUGAUGCGGGUUGUGGUCAUUGACCGAGCUCGUCUGGAAAAGAAAGAAAUGAACAUUACUACUGCUUUUGGAAAGAUUGAAACAUUCAGAAAAACGAUGAUGGAAAGAUACGGGCCCAUUGUCAACAUCGCCAAUCCGACGCCAAUUCAACGAGCUGCAUCCGUGUUACUGUCAUUCCUGAUGAAUCGUUUACCCAUUUCUUUGCUUCACCGGUGGUACAACAGUUCGCGAAAAAUGCCGGACCGCCUCACUCAGAUAAUUAUAGCGGCAGGAGCCCAGCAACUAGAAGAUGCCGUGGUAUUGGAGACAUCGCCUGAUCUUAAGAUAUGGUCCUGGUAUAGCCGUGCAUAUCAUAAUUUCCAUAUUGCCUUUCUCCUUUUAUUCGACAUGAGUUAUCAUCCGCUGCGUCGGGAAGCCGAUCGGAUCUGGCGCUGCUUGGACUACGUGUAUGAGAUUGAACCGAACCCACAGCUAAAGAAUCCAACGCGACAAGAGAUAAUCGAAGAUCGACGGAGGAAAACUCAUAAAAUCCUUAGUCAAUUUCGGGAUCGUAUGCAUGUUUAUCGAACAAUAAGGAAAAUAAAGCACUCUGAAGACGUCAAUGAGAUAGAGCUAGGGAAAUUUGUCCCACCGAAGAAGCCGCAAGAGGCUUCAUCCGAACUAAAAGACCUACAACUGAAUAUAGGUCCCAUGAACUUUUAUCCAAACAUGAAGGGAGAAGUGACUCAUCAGGGAUCUGGCGAUCAGUACCAACAAGUGUAUGGCCCUUCUGCAUCCAGCGGUCCUUCACCAAACAUACAACCACCACCAUCAACCCAUAACCCAUACGAAACCAUGUUACCCUUAAACCAAGGCUAUGAACCAACACACAGCCGUGAAACCCUUCAGCCGAAUUAUAUAUCUGGUCCUAGAAAUACUUCUUCCCUUUCUGAUAGACCAUGGGCCGUUCAAGAACGGUAUUCACCCAAUUCCGACGAUCUCCCGAUGUUGGAUAUUGACUGGACUGAAUGGGACAAAAUGUUUCCGCCUCACCUCAAUGAUGGAAAUAUUGAUCUAUCUCCACAGUCUAUCUAUGAUAGAAUACCCAACAUCGUAGACGCGAAUAUUGCGCCGACGACAAUUUAUGCACAGUUUGACGCCAACCAAUUCGAUAAUAUCAACGUGCAACCACAUUAUCAUUAG